AUGAGCAAUGAACGGGACCGCUACAUCGAAUUGACCCCCAAGUCGAAGGCGGCGUGGGAGGAGGCGAAGCAGUACCUCCCUGGCGGGGACAGCCGGAACUCGAUCUUCUGGCCUCCGUACCCCAUCUUUGUGGAGGGGGCCAAGGGUGCUCAUGUGGUGGACGCCGACGGCACCGACCGGCUGGAUUUCAUCGGUACCAUGACCACUCUGAUUCUCGGGCACGCCCCAGAGCCGGUGGUGGACGCGGUUCGAGGGCAACUGGAGCAGGGCGUCGUUUACAACGCGCCGAACCGCCAGCAGGUGCGGUUGGCCAAGUUGCUGUGCGAGCGGAUUCCGAGCUUUGACCUGGUACGGUUCACCAACUCUGGCACAGAGGCCACGCUGAACACCAUCCGCGCGGCGCGGGCGUUCACCGGCCGUAGCCAGAUCGCCAAGGCGGAAGGCGGCUACCACGGCAGCCACGACGUGGUGAGCGUCAGCGUGCGGGUCGACCCCAGCAAGGCUGGAGAGAGGCUGCAUCCCGACGCCAUGGCGGCGACAGAGGGGCUGGCCGACGGGGUGCUGGACUCGGUGGUGGUGAUUCCAUUCAACGAGACGGGACCGGCCCGAGAGAUUCUGGAGAAGCACAAGAACGACCUGGCGGCGAUCAUCGUCGAGCCGAUGCUGGGGUCGGUGGGGAUGCUGCCCGCAACCCACGAGUUUUUGGGGAUGCUCAGGGACUUUGCCACCGAGAACGGUGUGGUGCUGAUCUUUGACGAGGUGAUCAGCUUCCGGAUAGCGCCGGGCGGGUCGCAGGAAUACUACGGGAUUACGCCGGAUAUGACCUCACUGGGCAAGAUUAUUGGCGGUGGAUUCGCCGUGGGAGCUUUCGGAGGUCGCGAGGACAUUAUGGAGCUGCACGGCCUGCGCGAAGUCGGGCAGGAACUGGAGGUGCCGGUGCAGGUUACCGGGCUGGGAUCGCUGUUCGGCAUCCACUUCCAGGACGACACGCUGGUUGGUUACCGGGACCUCGCUAGGGCCGACUCCGCAUUCCGCCACAACGUGUUCCUGGGACUGCUGAACGAGGGCAUCCUGAUGGCACCAAACCUGGUGGGUGCGGUGUCAAACGGUCGUGGGCGAGGCGGAGGUUGA